UCCACCCUUUGAACAAGGUUCAUUUAUUGUUAUUUAAUACUUACUUGGCAGUAGCACUAGUGGCUGUGUGCUUGUGGUGCCAGGUGCUGGACGUGUGCAUACUCACACCUGCAUGUGGCCAAGACCCUACACAGACCUUACACAAACAAAACAAAGCACCUUGGGCAUGAUUUUUAGGCACCUGAAGAUGCAGAACAGUGCCAAGUUGUGCCAAGGUGCUUUUGAAAAUCUCGCAAGGCACCUAUCUGCAUCUCUGGCCACCAAAAUACCCUUGAAAAUCCAGCCCUUAGCCCCUCUCACCCUGCCCUAUGGCUGCAGACAGCUGUUCUAACACCAGCAGCGAAACCACACUAGGAGAGCUGAAGGUAGAGGCAUGGUGCAGAUGAGAGUGGGGCAGAGGUGUCUGGGCUCUACCUGGCCUCACUGCUCUCCAGCUUGGCACUGCCAGCUGCUUGUGCCAUGCCUGGCUUGUCCCUCCCUCUGCAGCAUCUGGAUCCUCCCCUGCUUCUCUCAGACUCACCCCAGCUGGGGAGCAAGUGACGGGUUCCUAAUUUAGCACCGGACACCCAGGGCUGCUUCUUGGUGGCACUCAGUGCCUCUGCCAGCAUAAAGGGGUCUGAGAGAGGGGGAGCCGGCUCUUGGACUGGGGCCGGCUGUGUCGAUACAGGGGUGUCCCAGGGCCAAUGAGGGUUACAGGGGUAACCAAUCCUUGGUCGCUCACUGUUACUACAAUAACCUGUUCAGUGUGGUCUGGGAUGUCCUGCCGAGUCCCCUGAGAAGAAUCACCAUUGAAACCCCUUUGAGCACACAGAGAACGCUCUGUGCCCAUCUUCUCCCAGCGCUUCCUGCUGGCUCCGAAUGGGAACAGCAGCCUUCCACCACAGCCACAGCAGCAGCAGCUCCUGUCUAUGUUUGUCUGUCUAUUGCCAUCUCCCUCUGACUGUGUCCCUACGCUCCAUCUUAUCUCUCUCUCCCCACACACUCCUUCUAGCUAUCAGUCCCCAUCCCCACGCACCCACCCCCUCAGCUGGUUUAGUGGGCAAACUGUGGUGCAUAGGCUGAGAAUGGGGUGGGGACUCUGUCCCUAUGUGUGUCUCCACCUCUUGCUCCGGAAGGGGCUGACCACCUGGACUUUGUCUCUCCUGGAAAUCAUCGGCCUCGAGGGCUGGGCAGGGCCUGGCUCCCUGAUCCCUCCCCGUGGCAGACCUUCGUCCCCACAUCUCCAAGAGCUGUGCCAGGCCAGGGCUUGGGGAGCUGCAGAGAGAGCUCCUGGUCUGGCCUCUCUUCCCUGGCGGAGGUCGAUCCCCUGAGCUCCCAGGGACCUCACACUCUGACUGCUGCCUCCCGUACCCCCAGGCAGAGCCAUCUGGGCAGGGCUGGUCAUCUCAGGCUCUGCGAAGCCAGACAAUGGCAGUGGAGUAUGUCACAUACCAGGGCAUCAAGUCCCCCCCUGCGUAUAACUCUGAGCAGAGCCUGCGCUUCGCCCACAAGGAGUUCCAGGUGCAGGACGAUGAUGUCUUCAACGUCACCUACCCCAAAUCAGGCACAGUGUGGAUGAUCGAGAUCUUGAGCCUGAUUCGCAGCGGCGGGGACCCAGCCUGGAACCGAACCGUCCUCAACUCCACCCGCGUGCCCUGGUUCACUACCCGCCUGGGGCUGGAGUCUGCACUGAGCUACCCCCGACCCCGCCUGCUGACCUGCCACCUCCCCAUCCACCUCUUCCCCACAUCCUUCAUUGGCUCCAGGGCCAAGGUGGUCUACACACUUCGCAAUCCCAAGGAUGUUCUGGUCUCCUAUUUCUAUUUCUCCAAGAUGUGCAGCUCAUACGAGGACCCUGAGUCCUUCGAGCAGUUUCUGGGGGACUUUCUUAGUGGGGACGUGCCCCACGGGUCCUGGUUUGAUCAUGUCAGAGGCUGGAUGGAAAUGAAGGGCAAAGAGAAUUUCUUCUUCAUCACUUACGAGGAGCUGCAGCAGGACCUGAGGGGCAGUGUGCAGCGACUCUGCCAGUUUCUGGAGCAGGAGCUGGAUGAUGGAGCUAUCAACUCGGUGGUGGAGAACGCCUCUUUCAAGGCCAUGAAAGAGAACAAGAUGUGCAACUCAACGCUGCUCCCGAUGGACAUCAUGGAUCAGGACAAGGGCACUUUCCUGAGGAAGGGCAUCUGUGGGGACUGGAAGAACCAUUUCACGGUGGCACAGAGCGAGGCCUUCGACAGGAUCUACCAGGACCGGAUGGGGGGGUUGCCGGAGGCGUUCCCAUGGGAUGCACGCUAGGAAUGAACCACAGGAAUAAAGCAGAGCAUGGAACCACAGGCAGCUGGGCUGAGUUAGUAGGGACAACUGUCUGCAGUGGUUCACCCAGACCAUGGAAGGGCAUGGCUCCAGCCUAGCGGGAUGGACCAGUGCCAGGAGCAUUGCCUGGCGUGAGUGUCCUCUGCCAGCACUGCCUCCCACACCCCUUCAUUCCACCAGGCGCCCGGGUCAGCUUGGCCCUAGUCUCCUGGGGCCCAUUGCAUAUCCGAUUGCCCCCGUGAAUGUGUUCAGCUGUAGCCGCCAGCCACUGCAGCUUGCUCUGUCCGUGUCUUCUGGAUUAAAGAUCCCUCGGCCCUCUGA